CGACCUUGAAGCACAGGGCUCGUUAUUUGCAGCCGCCAUGCUUAGCUCAUUUAGUCGCCUCUGCGCACUGUUCUUCGUCGGCAUCAAUGUGGCUUCGGUCGCAUUAGGUUUCAAUAUCCUCCUGACCAACGACGAUAGUUGGGCCUCUGCCAACAUUAGAGCGACAUACAGCGCUCUCAAGGCUGCCGGACACACCGUUCUCUUGGUCGUACCUGCCGUCCAGAACUCUGGACAAGGUGGGCGCUUCAUCACCCCGACUACUAAUAUCACGGCGCCGGGCGGCGAGUUUGGUUCCAUCCCCGUUGGCGCAUCAUAUUUCGGUCACGACGUGAACGAUGACCAUCUCUGGUACUUCAACGGCACUCCCGGCGCAUCAGCGGUCUGGGGCCUCGAUGUUAUUCGCCCUAUGAUCCUCGGCAACGACUCAGCCAUUGAUCUCGUCGUGGCAGGCCCGAAUGAGGGCGGGAACGCUGGACCUUUCCUCUUCACGCUUAGCGGCACGAUGGGAGCGACGUACACCUCGGUCUACCGCGGCAUACCCGCAAUCGCGUUCUCAGCGGGAAACAGCACGCACCGCUCGUUCACGACCCUCACGAACGACACGAGCGACCCAGCGAAUAUUGCGGCGCGCCUGACGACGAACUUCGUCAACGCGCUCGCGAACGUGACGCAACCCGGACAACGCGCCUUGCCGCUUAGUGUCGGCAUUGGUAUAAACCUCCCUGAGUUCGGGCCCAACAGCAAUUGUACGGAUCCGCCGUUCAUACUCACGCGCUUAGCUGGCGGCGCACUGGUGCCGACGCUUGCCAUCGGCCCAGACGGCUUCCCUCUUGAAACGGAGAUUGUCACCUCUGGUGUCAACCCCAACUUCACCGGCGUGCCUAUCCUCCCUGGCGAGACGAUCAUCAGUUCUGGGUGCCAGUCUUCCGUGUCAGUGUUCUCUAUUGACUAUGACGCCCCGACGGAGAUCGCGCAGCCCCUCCAGCUUUCCCUCAUGCCAUUAUUCGGUAAGAGCAGUUUGUAAACGCCACUUUCACUGCGAUCCUUGCACGGUGAUUCGCCCUUGUGACGCAUCAGACGGACUGCUCGAUAUCGUAUCGAAAUUGUCACAGCAUACACGUGCUGUGCGCCACGAUGACCUGAUGCCAAUAGUACUUUGCUUGGGGCAUUGCAUGCAGCGACUGCAGUUAGGAUGGACGCUAAGGCGACGAAUCGAACGAUCGUCUAACGCCACCCGUGAGCCAAGCUCUAUGUGUUCUGAAUAUGGGUUCAAGCCAAGAGCAGAGGUGUUGAAAUAGAUAGUUAAAUGUGCC